AUGUCUGAGACAUAAAAUUGUAUUUCUUUGAAAAGAGAAAAUCUUAGAGUUUCAAUAAGAAGAUAAAAAAAUGAAGAGAUCUUUUCUAAAAGCCGAAAGAUGAUCUAAUAUGACAAUGCAGAAUUAAUGAAUUAUUUAAUUAUGAGAAAUGAAGAUGAUGUUAUCUUCAAUAUUCAAGAUUUCAUAAAAAAUAGAAGUCAAAAUAUUUUUGAAUCACAAUAAAUAUUGAAGUGGCUCUUAGAAUAUGAUAAAUUGAAUCAAUCAAAUUAAGCACAGAAAUUAACAUUACAUUUUUUGUAUCAAGUUUCUCUCAAUAUAGAAGUAAAAUUUUACUUAAAAUCAGGUAAAAUAUAUAAAAUUAGCUGCAUCUCUAUUGAAGUAAAUAUGUUUAUAAGAUGAAGAUGCUUUGAUGUUAACUACUAAACUCAGUCAUAAAUCAACUAUGCGUUCAUACAAUUUGUACAAUUUAUUUUUAUUUUAGUGUUAAUGAAUUGUCAUGUGAAGAUUUUAUAGUAGAUCUUAUGGGUAGCUAACUUAACACUCUUGAACUUAUAUGUAAUAUUAUGGCUGAUGAAUAAUUCAUUCAUUUAAUGUUUAGUAGGCAUCCUUAUAUUUUGGAUUUUUUUAGAGCAAAGCUACAUGAUUUAAGGACUUCUUAAUUAGUCAUCCAUCUUUUGUAUGAUAUGGCCUAUUCAGAAAAACUCUGCCCUUUUAUCUCAAACCAAAAUUUGAUUUAAGAUUUAGUAAUACUCAUUCCCUCUUAAAAAAUACUAGAAACUUUAAUACUAAUUCAUUAAAACUCAUAUAAUUCUGAGAUAUUAGAAGAAUCAUAUCUUUUUAAUUAUUAUAUUGAGCUUCUUGAUUCUUAAUAGUAUUUAGGAGAAGUUUUAGUGUUAAUAAAUUAUUUUUUAGACUCAAAGAUUAAUAAUGUUAUUUUGAAUUAACUUUUAAUUAGAAAGAAACUUCUUUAAGACUUAUGUUACUAUUAAAAUUCUAAAAUUAAUUAAUUAGCAAUGAAUAUUAUAGAUAAAUACUUAUGA